AAAUACAUAUUUCCAUAGCAUUAACUCACAUAAUUCUAGAAACAAAUAAGCAAUAUGGUAAAACAGAGAUUGUGACCAUUUAUACACGUAUUCUACAGCGGUAUUGAUAAACGGGAUAAAAACGGGACGCGAUACUUAAAUACGGUGACAGUCCCGUAUAUACCUAUGGAAACCCUCUAUAUAACCGUAAUUAAUCUACGAAGAUUUUCACCACAGACAAGAAAAUAAUCUGCCAUGUUCAUUCAUGGAUAAUAUUUUAUUUUUAUUUUUUUAAUCUAGUAAUUAUUUUAGAUUUUAACCUUAAAUAUAAGGAAAUAUAUCCCGGUUCUACUAAUAAACUGUUUUCAGGUGCGGGUAAUGUGUGAAAUUUGUGAGAAAAGAAGCUUUAAUAUACUUUCCAAGGAAAUAAUUAUAUACAUAGAAAUAUGUAUGUAUAGAUGUCUUGUAAACAGAACUUUUUAAAAUCAAAAUAAAUCGGUUUUUAAAUCCCUCAGUCACCCGUUGCGUUAAUCAUGAAUGCUAUACAGAGUUCAAUUCAAACGUCCGGAUGUAUUUUAAAUGAAGUAUACGAGAUAUAACUGGUUCACAUACUUUUAUUUCAACAGAAAAAGUUAACAUUAUAGUCCAACCAAGUAUUAGUACAUUUAAAGAAAUUUUCACUAUACAUCAUACUACUUAAAUGUGGCUUCGAUCCUAACCUAAUUUUUAUUAUGAAAAUUGUUAACAUGAGCCUAUAUUUCAACCCUCUCCAUUUUAUCGAUAUCAAUAAAAAACGGAAGCGUAUAGCAUCUACACUAUUUUAGUCUCUUAUGUUGGUACUAUUGUUAAUUGACAGUUCUUUGGCGUACAUGUUGGUAUUGAUUUGCCAUUCAAACUGAUUCCAUUCGACAUUAUGGGAGUCCCGUCUCUUAAAACGUAGUGAUUAUUUGUAUUCUCUUUGGUAUCGCCGUAUCGAUGGGAUGGGAUAUAGCAUAUAGCUAUUAUUAAUUUAUUAUUAUAUGACACAAAGAUUGAAUUGGAAUUAAAUUGAGGUUAGUUUGUUAAACAAAACACACGAAAUAACGAUUAAUCUUAUUUACUUAUACCUACUAUAGUUGUGGUGAUUGGCAUUUGCCAUAUUUACAAACAGUGUAUAGUGGUUACCGUGCGUGAUGGAUUCUUGUCGCUGCUGCCUGCGGUGUCCUCCGGACAAUGACCUGACGACGCCGUACACACAUAACGGCAAAACAGAGACAUUUUAUGAUAUGUUCAAAGAAUGCUUCAAUAUACAUCUGGUACUGGGCGGCUCGGGCUCGUGCGGCAUCUGCUCGGCGUGCGUGGGCCGCCUGCGAGACGCGAGCGACUUCAAGCUGCAAGUGCAGCGCAGCCAGGCGGAGUUGCAGGCACUGCUUGUUAAAGUGGAGUCUGCGGUCAAACCUGAGCAGGAUGAUCACUCGGUGAUUGAUGUGUUCUAUGAAGUGCCCAUACUAGAAGAGCAUUCAGAGGUUGGUGACGAGAAGACCAAGGAAGAUGUUACAGAUGAAGACCCCCUCGCCAAGUCGGAGACGGAUGAUGUGAUGAGUGACGGCGACUCGUCAGCGGCGGUGUGUUCAGAAAGCAGCGCCGCCCGGGAACAGGAAACCCGCAAAAAACAACGCUUACCAUAUCACAUAUCAAGACACACUGGCGAGAAGCCUUUUACGUGCGACUACUGUGGUGACAAAUUUAGUCGGAAAUCAACCCUACAUAGUCACCAGAUGAUACACACUGGAGAAAAGCCAUUUAAAUGUAGCGAGUGCGACUACAGCUCCAGGCUGAAGGCAAGCUUGCUAACUCACCAGAGGAUACACACCGGAGAGAAACCAUACACAUGUAACUACUGUGAUUACAAAUGCAGUCAACAAGCAAGCUUACAAGCACAUCUGCUGAUACAUACCGGGGCAAAGCCAUUUAAAUGUAGCCACUGUGACUACAUGUGCAAUCGGAAAGGAAACUUACUAGUUCACCAAAGAAUGCACACAGGAGAGAAACCAUAUACAUGUAGCCAUUGCGAUUACAAGUUCAGUGAUGGUUCAAAGUUACGAAGACACGAAAGGACACAUACAGGCGAAAAGCCUUUUCAGUGUGACCUCUGUGAUUACAAAUUCAGUCGGAGAACACACUUGCAAAGGCAUAAGAUGAUACACACUAGGGCGAAACCAUUUAAAUGUAGCAAUUGCGAAUACGGGUGCAGGCGAAACGAAGAAUUGCUAAGACAUCAGAAGAUACACACUGGCGAGAAUUUAUUUAUAGGCACUGCAUCUACACAAGUCAACAGAAACUGACUUUUCUCAAGCUUGCAAUGAAAUGGACAUAGAAAUAGACAUACUUUAUUAGUAAAAAGAUAUUACAGGUCACAAUUGGUCACAAUUUCAAACUUAUACACAUCUUAUAUCUAUUAUCAUCUUAUAUCUAUUUUCCUGACAUCUAUUUUUCUAGUGUGUAAGCGAAUUGGUGUAGUACUGUAAGCUUGCACUGUGUUAAAUAAAUAAAAUGAUAAAAAUUAUGUUUGUAUCAAUUGAAUACUAAACGAUUAAAUUAAAUGUUGACAUGACUUACAUCUAAUUAGGUCCGGAAAUACUACGUAUCCGGUGCGAUGAGGGAAGAUGGUAUGUAAAGGAAUUUCAUACAGCCUUACACACCUAGGCCUGUAAAGAAACCUUAUUUUGAUUUUAAACGACAAAUUGUGACUCAACGUCUUGGCAUUCAACCAUCAAAUUAUAAAACACAAACUGACAAUUUUUUUUAAAUUGCAAGUUCUAGAAAAGCACUAUCCAAAUCUUGGCGAGAAACGGGGUUGCCGGCCGCGUAUUCCUAUCCUAGCGUAUAUCUACUUAGCCGGCAAACCUUCAUUUCCCGGCCAUCUAAGAAGGAAACAUCCAGGCGAACCUCUAGUGAUCCGAUAUUGAUGUGAAAUAUCACAUUCACUGCCGGCAACCCACCUGGUGGGCGCUCGUGAACUUUGUUCAGAUGCCGGACAACCCGCUGGGCGGGUUGUUUUGUAUGCAGCUAUAGACCACCGGUUUCUGGUGUAGUGCGCCGUUUUUUGUCUGGCAGUGAAUGUGAUAUUCGCUAGUUACCGAUAGAGCAUAUGUUUGACUGUUUUGUAGUAUAAGUAAUAUAAAAUAAAUAUUGUGUAUUAAAGUACAUUAUUUCAUUGUCUUUAGUUUCCUGUAGAUAAACGCUGGGGUUUUAUUAACUAACACAAACGGGACUUAAUCGCAUAUUAAGUUUAAAAUUUACCUCCGACGUUUCGAGGACGGCGUUGUGCCCGUGGUCUCGAAGACGACUGGCUAAAUGUUGUGGAAUGCAGUCAUAUACCC